AUGUCCCAAAACUCGGUCGUCCAGCUUGCCGUCGACUGGUUGCAGGGGGGAUGGGGGCCGAGCGGGGGAGUGGGAGAGGGAGCGAAGCAGGAGCAAGUAGGGAGCGGAGGAGCGGAGAGAGGAGGGGAAGGGCGGGAGAGAGGCGGCGGAAGAGGGAGAGAAAGGAGCGGGAGGAGAGUGGGGGAGAGGCGGGUAGGAGUGGAGGCGGGGAGAAGGAGCAGGGGGGGGAGGGGAGGGGGUAGGUGGGAUGUGGAGGGGAGGAAAUGGGAGGGGAGGUGCGAACGACGGGUUGCGAUAAAUCCCGUCAUUCCCCCUUCUGCUCCCCAUCAAUUCCCGCUCUGCUUUUCCAUCAAUUUCCCCUCUGCUCUCUAUUUCCCCCCCUGCUUCUCCUCCGUUCCCCCCCUGCUUCCCCCCAUCCCCUUCCCUGCUUCCCCCCAUCCCCUUCCCUGCUUCCCCCCAUCCCCUUCCCUGCUCCCCCCCAUCCCCUUCCCUGCUUCCCCCCAUCCCCUUUCCUGCUUCCCCCCAUCCCUUUCCUUCUUCCCCCCAUCCCCUUUCCUGCUCCCCCCCAUCCCCUUUCCUGCUUCCCCCCAUCCCCUCAGCCCUCCUUCCCCCCACCCUCUGCCCUGUUCCACCCUGCCCUCCCCAUCCCUGCCUUUCCCUCCCUGCCCUGCGCUUCCCUUCCCCAUCCCUUCUCAACCCUUCCCUUCCUUUUCAUGCCCUCCCCUUCCCCUUCACACCUCACCCGCCCACUACCGUAGUUCCCAUGCAUGUGCACCCAUCACUGUCUCCCCACAUGCUUUCAUCAUGUGCGCUUGCUUGUGUUCCCUUGCAGUUGUUCCUUUGGCACCUCACACCACCUCCCCCAUGUUCCUUCACACAAUUAUUCCUGCCUACUCCACUCCCUGUAUUUGCAGUGGUGAAGCAGAGGAGCAAGCUGAGGCGCAGCUAAAGCUAGUCCACGCUCUACACCGUACCACCACCUGUUUUUCUUGUGUGUUGUAUGCAAGCAUGAUACUGUAUUAG